ACCGGAUCGCAGGGAGCAACGACCAUCCACCAGCAGCGCAAGACGACGAGCAGCAAUGAUUAUCCCUGUGCGCUGUUUCAGUUGCGGCAAGGUCAUUGGCAACAAAUGGGACGCUUAUCUGGCCCUGCUCCAGUCGGACUACAGCGAGUGUGAGGCCCUGGAUGAGCUUGGCCUCAAGCGGUACUGCUGCCGCAGAAUGGUUCUGACCCACGUUGAUCUGAUCGAGAAGCUGCUGCACUACGGCAACCAGGGACGACGACACGGUUAAGCCGACGAUAUCGAAUGGAUGUACUUUGGACCGGAGGCGAAUCUUGCACCAGCGACGUCGCUUGCACACGAAUUCCGGCGCCAUUCCGAAUGCGACUCGACCCGGGACUGUAAGCCGUUUCACCCGGAAGAGUUGGACCAGAGCCAAGUGCCUCAACCCUUACGUUCCAAUUUUGUUUGGGGGGGGGCACUGCAAAACCAAUUGGGAGGCAUAUCCUGAAUAUACAUGCAUCAUCCUCGAUGAA